UGAUAGGAAACUCGGUGGUUUGUGGGGCUUCCUCCCCCUUCGUGGUGUUUUUAAAAUAGAUAUAUUUAUAAAUAUUGCUAGCCUCUGGGCAAUUUGGACUGCAGAGAUUUCUUGAAAAGGAGGUUGCCAUCACCAAGACGGCGGCUGGUUGGUGCAGGGAAAGAGAGAGAGAAAAGAGAACGCUUUUGAGUGACACCGCAGCAAUUUUUCUGCGAAAUGGAGAACUGGGUUCAGGAUCGAGGGCCAGAGAUCUGUGCUCAUGUCGUGGCCCUGGCAGAGGAUUUCCUACUGAGGCAGCAGGAGAAUGAGAGAUGGGGUGUGCAGGCGUUGGCCACAGACCUUUCUGAUACUGAGCUGCAUCCCUCAGACACUGAGCAGGAGCAGAGCUUAAAGCAGGAAGAAGAUGAGGACACGGUUUCACUCGCAGGUGAUGGAAAGGUGAGUGAGAUUGAGGAGGACGACAACCUUGUGCAGGAAGAUUCUGAGGCAGACGGCGCGUCUCUUGGAGGAGACAAGUGGGACAUCCUUGAGACGGGAGAAACAUCUGGAAGCCGCCAGGGCUCAGAUGGGCACAAGAAACAGAAGGACACCCCCAUUCCUCCUUAUGACCAGGGCCACUGGGAUCUGAAAGAGCCCAGAAUCCAGGCAAGGAUCUACAACUAUGGGGGGUUGAAGAUGUGCAUAGACUGUGGGAAAACCUUCAAGCAGAGUUCGAGCUUGUACAGGCACCGGAGACUUCACACUGGAGAGAAACCGUAUGGCUGCCCAGAGUGCGGCAAGAGCUUCAGCCGAAAGUCCCACCUCAUUGCACACGAGAGAACCCACACAGGGGAGAAGCCCUACGACUGCGUAGAGUGCGGCAAGAGCUUCAGCCGGAAGUCCCACCUAAUCACGCAUGAGAGGAUCCACACAGGGGAGAAGCCGUACAAAUGUGGGGAGUGCGGGAAAUGCUUCAGCCAGAGCUCAGCCCUUGUGGCACAUGAGAGGUCCCACACCGGUGAGAAACCGUUCACCUGCCUGGACUGCGGGAAGAACUUCCACCGGAGGUCAGGUCUUUCGGCGCAUGAGAGGACCCACACGGGAGAGAAGCCAUACAAAUGCACAGAAUGUGGGAAGAGUUUCAGCCAGAGCUCGGGCCUUUUGGCCCAUGAGAGGACCCAUACUGGAGAGAAGCCGUACCGGUGCACUGAGUGCGGGAAAAGCUUCUGUGAACGCACAGCUCUCGUUAGACAUUUGAGAACCCACACGGGGGAGAAACCAUACACAUGUGCAGAGUGUGGGAAGAGCUUCAGCCAGAGCUCGGGUCUCCUGGCACAUGAGCGCACCCACACAGGGGAGAAACCGUACAAAUGCUCCGACUGUGGGAAGAGCUUUGGGCACCGCUCUGACCUCCUACGACAUCAGAGAAUCCUCAAAAGAGGGAAGCCAUAUAAAUGCUCCGAGUGCGGGAAAUGUUUUGGCCGGGGCUCCGAUCUCCUCCAGCACCAGCAAAUCCACACAGGGGAGAAGCCAUAUAAAUGCUCCCACUGUGGAAAGUGUUUCAGCUGGCGGUCAAACCUUAUUAAGCAUGAGAGAAUCCACAUGAAGGUGAAAAUUUACAAAUGCACAGCCUGAGUGCAACGUCUCCUGUCCUAGGACAUGAAAGAAUCCACACAGGCGGGUUGUGGUACUAAAAGCUCCAACUGUGGAAAUCAGCUGCAGGCAGAAAGUAUUCCUGGCUGAAUGUC